UUCAAGAUGGCGGAUGGAAAAGAUGGAUAAUCUUCAAGAAAGUCAGGAUUUAACCAGCCAGCAUCCACAAAAAUUAUUAUUUCCUAUUUCAAGAUAUACUAAGUCAAGUACAGAAACCUCUUUUCAGACAGGCAGGCUUUUUCCCUGUAUUGCCUCUCUGGAACAAGGCGAGGAAGCAAGCGAAGUUGCAAAUCUCGACUGGCUUACAAAUAAAAGCUAUCAAGUGAGUAAGAGCAAGCUCUCUGUAGAUGCUGGUGACGAAAGAGACGUAACAACUAAUGACAGCCUUGYCAGUAGUGAAAGCGAUGAGAGAGGUCACAAAAAUCAAAAACAUCACAAAAAGAGAAAAUGGUCCGACUCAGAAAGCUCCAAUGAAAACAGAAACAAACCUAAGCAUAAAAAGAAAGAAAAGAAGAAAAAGAAAAAGCAUAAAAGAAAGGAAUUGAAACAGCAUGUUUUAAAAGCACAUGACAAAGUAAAUAAGCCAGAUACCAUUUGGAUUGAAGAGUCUGGAUUACAACCUGAAGAAGCAUAUCGAAUACACUGUAARAAAGAUAUAGAGAAUCUUCAGUAUGGCUCAAUUUAUCGACUUGAUGUUGCCACUUAUAAAAUCAAAUCAAAUUUAGUCUGCUUGGGCUUAGGAAAGAACCAGUCACUUUUAUUGAAUGAAACGAAAAAGAAGAAAAAGAAAGAGAAAAAAGAAAAAGAUUUAAGGUACUGGAGCGAUUCUACACUUUUUACRGAAGAACCUAAAAAACUAUUUCCUUCAAAGGUAGCAUCUAAAUCAUUUGUUGGUAAUAUUGAAAACUUUUCUUAUGUCCCUGUGGACCUUCCAAGUAAACAGGAAGAUGACAAUGAUGAAGAUGAUGAUAGCAUAGAUAAUGAUGGUAAUAUUGAUCCUUCUGAAAGAAUUAUCAUCARAGAAACUGCAAAGUUCAAUAAGAUACUCAGAGAAAACCCUCAUGAUGUGAAAACCUGGAUAGACUUAGCAAAUUUCCAGACCAAAGUUGUAAACAAAAAAGACUCAAACACYGCUGCUGGCAAUGAAAGGAAUAAAAAGCGCUCAAAAGUCAUMAAUGAGAAGCAGAUAUCUGUUGUUGAGAAGGCCCUAGAGCAAAACCCAUCCUCUGUGGAAUUAAUAAUUUAUCAUUUAAAUUUAUGUAAAGAUGUGUGGGAUGAUGACAAACUCGUUGAGAGAUGGAAAAGGGUAGUCUUUUCACAUCCAAACAAGACAAUACUUUGGAGAAAGUACCUGUUAUUUCUUCAGUCUAGAGUUUCAAUUUUCACAGUUAGGAAGGUGCAGAGAGCUUACGAAAAGUGUUUUGCCAUGCUKUUGUCCAUCAAAGAAGGCACAUUUGUAUCUCAUCAAGCUGAGGCGAAUCUUGAGGAAGACAUGCUUGACCUGUUUGUGCAAUAUUGCAAGUUUUUAAAGCAAUCAGGUCACACAGAAAAAUGUGUUGCCAGUUUCCAAGCAAUGAUAGAGCUUAAUUGCCUUUGCCCUGAAGACCUGAGCAACAGUACAACAUCAGGAUCAAUGGAGUUCUUGGAGACAUUUUGGGAUAGUGGACAACCAAGGUUUGGUGAGGAUGGAGCAAUUGGCUGGAAGAMUUGGAUGGAUAAGACUCAACCUUCUAAAAACCCACUAGCUCCUGUAACUCUUGACUUCAAAAAGAUCUUUAAGUCUUGUACUUCCGGCAAUGAYGSAGAGCACAAUGAGUCCAGUGAARAUGARCUAAUCAAAGGAAAACCAAAGUGGAAGGCMUGGCUUAAUGUCGAAGUCAACAGAGAGAUGGCACAGCUGAAACCAUGGCAACCAGAUCAUGCAAAGGGGGAAACUGAGGAGGACUGUGAGGAUCCUGAGAGGAUAGUUCUUUUUGAYGACAUUAAAUGUUGUCUCUUUAAGAUCARUGAUACUCUUAGUAAAGUCAAACUUGUGAUGUCUUUUUUGGARUCUCUUGGUGUUACUUUGAGCCCAAUGUUGUCAAGCAAUGACCUUGGUACUUUGAGGUAUUUUGAACUCUCACUGGAAUCCAUAGAACAGAUUCUAAGUCCAUCUGACUGUAGCACUAGUAGCAUYGGUUGGCAAAAAUCUGGACAUUGGUACAGAACUGAAGCAUUAACACCUAACAAACCUUCAGUUGAGGCAUUACAUCUAAUACGAAGUGUAUUUGCUCAAUCAAUGGCUUURUUUGAAAGUAAAAACAARAACCAAUUCAUUGUAGCCUGGYUGUAUUAUGAGUUUUACUURUCCAAACUGGAAAAACCAGGMAAGGCCAGGAAACAGAAGAUCAAAGAGGUUUACAAGCUGGCAAAAGCUGUCUUAAAAGAACCAAGUAAUAGGAACAAUUUCCAGAUCUGGGAAGUGUUUGCCAAAAUUACAUCMUUUUCCGGGGAUGYUUCAGAGAGUCGYCAUGUGUUUGACUCAACUUUGUCAAUGGCCAGCCAGUUACAAGUCAGUGGAAAAGAUAAAAUGAUGUCUUUAGUGCUACUUUACAGAUCAUAUGCUGAAAUGGAGCUGAAGCACCUACUGGAUACCACCACAGGAACCCCAUCAAACCAUUUUGAGACCACCACAGCAAUCCCAUCAAACCAAAGCCAAAGAGAAGGAUCCACCUCAGGAAACCCACCAGACAGCACCAGGACUCUUCACAUUCUUGUGAGCUUUGCUGAUAAUAGCCCAUACAAGCCMCUCACAGAAAUGGGCCAGUCAGUGUCUCCUGCAAUUAUUCUCAGAGCCAAGAAAACCUAUGCUCAAAUUUGUGAGGAAUCCAUUGAUCAGUUAAAGGAGCUGACUUCAGAAGGGAAAGAUGAAUGCUUGGCAAGAGUCCAUUGUAUUGCUUGCUGUGCCAUGUUURCAUAUGUAACAUCAGGUAUCAAUGCUGCAGUUGAUGUUUACAAGGAUGUACUGUCAUCACUAUCAUCCACUGUUGAUGCCUUUCAUCAUGAAAUAUUGUUGACUGAUUAUAUCAAUCUAGUCAAGAUGCACACAAAACAAGAGACAAUGCCUCUGAAGAAUAUCAAAGCUGUCAUUCAUAGGUGCAUUAAUGUUUUUUUAUAUACACUUAUGUUAUUUUUUGAUUGGGUCCUUAUUCAAACUAGUAUUUACACAUCCAGGCAUUUUUAUGCAUANGCUACUAGUCCACUUCCAUGGGUUUUUGCUAUUUGUUAUGAAGAUAUUAGAGCAAAAGCCAUGUUGACUGCUAGAGAUUGCAAUGAGUAUGUAAACUACAUCAAAGACAAACAACUAAUGGAUGGAAAGACAAGAGUUAAUGUAGGUGGCAGUCAGUCAGUGGAUGUUGUCAUGGGCAGACAGACUGUAGUUGCUUCCACUAGCAGAUCCUUAACAGACAAUGACAAAGGGAGACAGUCAGUUGCUGCCAUGGACAGACAGCCAUUGUGYGUCACMUCUCUUCCUACAACAGGCAUCAGUCACAGGCAAAGGGCAUUGUUUGAUAGAGCAACAUCUAGUGUCRUUGGACGACAGUGCAUUGCAUUGUGGAGGAUGUACAUUGAAUUUGAGAUAAACCAUGGAAACUAUGAACAAGCCAAAUCUGUGYUUUACCAAGCAUUGCAGAAUUGUGCCUGGGCAAAGUGUCUAUAUCUUGAUGCAGUCAGGGAUUUCCCUGAUGACCUUCAGCGUAUAUUAGACAUGAUGACGGAGAUGGAGAUGAGAGUGAGAACGCCACUAGAAGAGAUUGACAUCCUCAUAGAAGGAUAGCAAGAGCAGAUCUUCGGGGGGAGGGUGGGGUGUAAUUAGGACAGCUAUUAAGUAAACUAAUACAAAGAAAAAAUACAUCUCACUGCAAGGUAGGCUCAGUCUCCCAGCCGUGGGAGAGAGUAUCGCGGGCGCACGAAAUCCCGACGGCUGGAGACUGAGCCUAACUGCAAGGCAGAUGAGAAAAAAAAUGCAGUGUUAAUCUUAAUUCAGUGCUAUMCCUUUUGGAUAAUCAUAUAAAUUUAACAAUUGAUUUAUAAAGUAGCUUUUAUUUUUUCUUGCUAGUAGUAGGUAUAGU